CAGCACGCGAAGGCACCACGAACAUGAAUGCAUCAACACGUCUAACUGGCAACAUUAAGCGGACACGCCUCUUCGCUCUGAUUGGAUAAUUACAGGCAACAUUUCUCCGGUCACACUUUGAAUGACAAGACAAUCGGCGAAUGGGAAGCUCAAACUAGCUUGGAGCUUUAACUUGUGAUUGGCGGAUUCUUCGGGACAAUAUGAAUGGCAGCGUUUAUUGUUCGACGUCCUCACACGCUGGACGCAACUUUGGAUCCCAGCUGGACGGUUCUUUUAAAGAUCCCGUAGUCUAAGAUCCAGCCGCUAAGUUCGGGCGUUGUUGGGCCAGGUCUGACGAAGACGAGUAGGAACUUUUGUGUGUUUGUCGUCUUUUACGACACUUUGCACACCGAGAGCUGGUGUGUUUACGUCAGCUGGGAUUUAAAUGGUUAACUCGCUUAGCACGUCCAGCUAACUUAUUUGCAUUUAAAAGCCCAGCAGAUUCCAUUGACCCUUCUCUGCUUCUUUGUAUUGGAAACUUGGAGCCCAAAAACCCUGCUAAAAGUCCACCAAAAGGCUUGACUCUGCUUUGCUGAUCCAUCAGGGAAGGUCUGGUUCUUUGAAACCUGGACCGGGGUGAAGAUGACGGAUCCGGAGACUCCUGAGUUUGGGUCCUUGAAGGAAGAACUGGACUACUGGAAGGAGCAGGCUGCCAGGCACCAGCAGAGCUCUGAGGAGGCCGGCGAGGAGCUGCGGGAGUUUCAGCAGAUGAGUCGAGACUACGAAGCCGAGCUGGAAGCCGAGCUGAAAGUGUGCGAGACGCGAAACCGGGAGCUCCUCUCCUCCAACAACCGCCUCCGCAUGGAGCUGGAAAACUACAAGGAAAAGUACGAGACGCAGCACUCUGAGGCCUGCCGUCAGAUCUCCGUCCUGGAGGGCGAGCUGGCCGAGGCCACGUCGGUCCGAGACCAGCUCCACAAGUACAUCAGGGAGCUGGAGCAGGCCAACGAUGACCUGGAGAGGACUAAGAGGGCCACCAUCAUGUCACUGGACGACUUUGAGCUGAGGAUGAACCAGGUCAUCGAGAGAAACGCCUUCCUGGAGAGCGAGCUGGACGAGAAGGAGAAUCUUCUGGAGUCGGUCCAGAGGCUGAAGGACGAGGCGCGAGACCUGAAGCAGGAGCUGGCGGUGCAGCAGAAGCAGCAGAUACCCGACAGGUCCAGACCCACCCUCAACGGCGUGACCAGAGAACCUUCAUCAACAACAACAACCUCCGCCCCCACGGCGCCUUACCCCACCCCGCCCCUCACGCCUCCAGCCACGCCCGCCAGACCGCCAAGCACACCUGAGCAGACCUCCACCAGAAGAGGUGAAAGUCCUCUGACCACCUCGGCCAGGAUCUCCGCGCUCAACAUCGUCGGCGAGCUCCUCAGGAAAGUCGGGAAUCUGGAGUCCAAGCUGGCGUUGUGCAGAGAUUACGUCCACGAUCAGCCGCUAGGCCGCAGAAUCCACGUCAGCAAUGGACAGGGUCCGGCAGCCGGCCUUAACUAACCUUCAGACUCCGCCUACCUACGGCCCCCGCCACCAGGUUGGUCAGUCCUCGUCGCUUCUGUAAAUCCACAAGGUUGAGGUGUUCACCGUCCACGUCGGACUUGCUGCUGCAGAUUUGUCCUCCGUCCAGCCCGGAUGGUUCCAAAGGGUUGUUUCCUCGUGACACGGCAUGGUCUGCUAGCGGCUCGCUAUCGACCACGCCAGCUUGUCGGGACUCGCACUUACCUUCAACUGGCUAAUGCCUGGGUAACCAAUGACUGACCAGAUGCCCCCGUUCUCUUUAUAUUUGAGGAGAAGUCACAUUUAAGUGCUAUUUUCAAUUUUGAGACGAAUGCACUCCCCUUCCCCCCCAGUCCUGAUGCCUCCAACACCUUGUGGCCACUUGUGGUACUGCGUUUAAGACUGCCUUACUUAUUACCAUAAUGUGUUUUUUUUUUCUUUGUGGUAAGAUGAAUGAAAUGUUGAGCCUUUUAACUUGUAGCUUUGCUUCCGUCUGCACUGAGGUUUUUUUUCCACUCUGAAUAAAGAAUUGAUUGACUUCUCUA